AUGCAAAACAUGCAGGGACAGAGCGCCGACAAAACUCAAUCGGAUAUUCUCGAUGGCAUUAACAUGAUGCAAAACCAACUGAACACCCUUGCUGAGCAUUUCGCCCGGAUGAGUGAACGCCUCACAAAAAUCGAAACGUCUGUUUCACCCAAAAGUGACGCCGCUGCCAACCUGGACCUGGCUGUGGAGGAUCGGUGCAAAAUUGAGGGUACGCCGAUCAAUGGGGAGGCAAUCGUCAACUACCAAGUGCAAGACCCUGCUGCUGCUACAGCUGCCGAUCAAGGUACCUUACCCGAGGACGAAGUCGAGGCCGAGCCUGGUCGCCCGAUCCCCCCCGGCGAGCCGGCCAUCCCUCCAAACCAUACAACACUAGCUGGUCUCCUGCUUUACUGGCCAUCCAUUCGAGCACUGACGAAGCACCAUUGCGAGCGCGAAGGGCAGCCCUCGUCAGAGUUCCGCGCUGAAGUCGAAGCCCCUCGCAUUGAUCCUCACGCAAAGAAUGUACAGGACUUGGACCCUCACAUUCUUGAGCUCGCUGAAAAGGCCAUUAAGGCACUUGUUGAGAGCACCAGGGCUUUCCAUGGACUUGGCGACAAACGGCCCGUCAUUACGAGUGUUUUCGGCACCGCGCACGCCCAAUGGGGCAACUUGCUCGUCUUGUCCGCCGCUUUCAAAGAUCCCAUCAUGGGUCAGUAUGUUGAUGAGAAGCUCCUUCGCCAUUUGUUCCAGAGGACGAUUGCCUUUUUGCGCCAAUCGGCUACGGCUACGAGCUCGCUACGAAUUGAUAUGCACAUUCUGGAAGGACUUCAGAACGACUUCUGGGGCAUUGAACCUUCGUACAAUACCAACACCAACAACACGGGAUCUGCAAUGGGCAAUGCGCAGAGUACAACACCACGCAUGUCUUCUGAUAGCAUGGACAUGCCGCCCCCGAGGAAUACUAUCGAAGGCGAGGGAACGCCACAGAUGCCUAACGAUCGGUCGACGCCAGCUCCCAUGUGA